CCUUCACGUCGUGAUGCCGUAUCGUAGCCACGGCUGUCUUCGCUGCCGUCAGCGACGUGUAAAGUGCGAUGAGGCCAGGCCAUCAUGUCAGCGGUGUGUCGCACGGCAAGAGGUUUGCGUCGGGUAUAGGGACGACAGCGAUCUGACUUUCCAUGACGAAACCACUAAAGUAGUGCAAAGGUACAAACACCUCGACGAUAGUUCUUUGCCUCAAGUUGCCAUCCCUCGCCGCGCUUCCGUGGGGCAUCCCAUCUCACGCUCAACAUUCCGUGUCCACAAUCGCUCAUUUCCGCCUGAGCCUGGGUUCAGUGACUCAGUGAAACACCACGACCAAAACGACCUUGACAAUCAGCUUGCAUUAGACUUCAUGGAUAAUUUUAUUAUCCGUCCAUGCGACGAAUCUUCCACUCCCGGCUUUCUCGAACACCUCCCGAGCCUGUUCAAUGAAGUGAACGUGAAGGGACGGUACGCGCUACGGUGGGCCGUUCAAGCCGCUGCUUUCGCGAAUUUAUCGGGGAGAGGUGGGAGUGGACACUUCGAAACGAAAGCGCUUGAAUCUUACGGACACUCCCUUGUGGCUCUUGAAAGGUCGCUGGCCAAACAGGGUAAACAGCCGGACGACUACGACUUAAUGACCGUCGUGAUGCUUGACAUCUUCGAGUCGCUGUUUCUCCCUGAUGAGACCCUUCGCGGGUCUCACGCGCAGGGCAUGGCCCAUAUUCUGAGGCUCCGAGGUCAUCAUCAGUUCUACGAACCGCGUGCCUGGGGGCUGUUUCGCCUCGCCCAUCAUCGGCUGCAAAAAGAGAGGUUGGCAAAACAUUUCAGUCCCCUACCAGAAUCUCAGGAUUGGAUAAAUGCACUAGAUGAUGAUGCUUCAUUCUCUCGCCUCGAGAAAGGCGCUUUGCGGAUAUCUGAGGUCUGUGUUAAAGCAAGAAUGUUACUCCAGCAGCUUACUUCCUAUACUUCUUCGUCUGAAGAGGUAUUACAACUCGUUCGCGAGAUGUACUGCCUUGACCAAGAGGUCUCUGAAUGGCGCCGACGGCCUGAAUGGUCGUUUAAAACAGUCUCGCGCAGUGAAAUAUCUAGCGAGGCUGAAGUUUCAAACCACUUGCCCGAGAGGGUAGAGAUUCACCGCGAUAUCUGGAUGGCUUACGAAUGGAACUACCACCGCACUGCGCGGUUGAUACUUCACCAACAGCUUCUUCAAUGCCUCGAGAAGUUAGCAAGUAGCUCCAGCACCAUUGAGUCGGGACACCUUGACAGUCAGAUUGCGUGUUGGAUGGAGAGAUCAGUCUCAACCAUUCAUACUCUCGCCGAUCAGGUCCUCGCCACGGUCCCUCAGAGCCUGGGCAAUGUCAAUUCUUUGGGACAAUACAGACGCAACCGGACAGCUCAAUCAAGCCAUCGGGCCAUCGGGGCAUAUCUCUUGUUAUGGCCAAUCAGGGUCAUUGGCAGCGAGACUAGCAGGGCAGCCGAACGUCAAAUUCGGAGUGCGGUGGUUGUAUUAGACGGAAUUCGAGAGCAUACGGGCAUGAAAUCACACCUCGGUACAUUAUCCACCAACAUAGCAAAUAUAUAACUACUGCGCUCUCUGAUCCUAGCCUUCUGAAGGUGG